AUGAGUGAGGAAAGUGAUACCAAACGGCAAAAUACCCAUCAAGAAACACCGAAAAUCCUAGAACCUCAGAGACUAAUCAGUGAAAGAAGCAAUCCCAAGCAGAAAUCAAAUUCCAAAGACGCACACACGUGGGGGUGGAUAGUGUCUUCUCUGCGGGAAGAGGGAAGCGCGUGCAGGGCGCGUGGGAACAAAAAUGAAGAAAUUCUUCUUAGAGAAACCCUAAUGAACGAAAACAUUGAAGUGGUGGUGAUGGAGAUGGAUUUUAGAUGGAGCAGUGGAAAGUGGAAACCCAAGAAGAGAAAAAGGAGCAGAGCAGGUGUUAACGUAAGGCCAAGGCAAGUACCACCAAUUGGUGUUGCUACUCCCCGUAAAUCUGCGCGAAAUUCCUUGUGCCCCGAGAAGGUUACUAGUUUUGGUAUUUGCGAGUGCAGUGCAAUCCCAAAUGGGUAUGUUUGGCUUCCCAUGAACCACACCAUGCAUUUUCUCUGCAAAGGUUUUGUGAACCUUGGUGUUAUGCCUGGAGUUGUAGUACUGAGAAGCUUAUUAGUAUUGAAAUCUGAUACUAAUCCUGUACUUAAUUGUGAAAUGCAGAGUUUGCCUCUGGAGUCACCAAGAACCAUGGACUCAUACCCAUACCAGAUAAACCAAAUGCCAUUCCCUCACUAUUACCAUCCUGGUAUUGAGGCUCUUCCCCCUCAAAUGAAUGUUGAUCCAACCAAACUACCCUUUUCUUAUGACCAACGUUGUUCCUAUGCUGGCAAUUAUGGACACCCUAUUCCCCCACAUUUCUGCUGUGGCCACAACAACUUCCCUUGUCAAUAUAGCUACAUGCCUUCACAUCCUCACGCUCCUUCUCCAAUGUACUAUUCUGGAGGUUGUCCUGCAUAUAGUGAACCAUAUUUUGUUCCUAAUUCCCCACAUCCACGUCAUACUAUGGAGCUUCCGAGAUAUGAAUAUGACAAAUAUAUGCCUCGUGACCAUCAUUGUUGUGGUUGUCCUAAUCAUUCAUGCAACCAAAAGGAAGGUAAAAGUGUGAAGAUUGAAGAGCAUGAACCUGAUGGUGGAAAGAAUGUCAAUGAUGCUUUGGUUCCUAUCCAGCUCAAGAACUAUCCAUAUCCCGUUGUUUGGAUUCCACAGGAUUACCCAAGUAACAAACAGCUGAAGAAUCCUAGUACAAUGGAGGUUGGUGAACAAAACAAGCCUCCUAGCCUUGAGAAUUCUGACGCUGGUGUACAACCAGCACACGAGCCUAGAGUAUGGAAUGGAUGGUUACCCUUUGAUAUAAAGGGUGCCCCAAACAUGAUUCCUGAUGGAUACGGAGUAAGAAACCAGAAACAGGAGUCUGGCAACUGUAGAGGGGAAUCUGAAUAUGGAGAAAUGGACCAGAAAAUUCAAAGUGAAAAGAAGAGGUCAGAAUUUCCUUUCCCUAUCUUCUGGUUGCCUUAUUACAAUAAGCAGGAGAGUGAAGAAACUAACGACAAGGAGAAGAACGCAUCUCCUCCUAAGAUCAUUGAGGAGGUGCCUCAUGCACUUAAAUAUGUUCCAGUAAAGUCUUAUGUUGAUGAAUGUGGUAGGAAUGGAACCGGAUCAAAUCAAGCUGAACACACAAAUAGAAAUGCUUCGAAUGUCGUAGAGAAAGUGACUAAUGCCAGAAGCAUACCAGUGAAGCAGAUAGGAAAAGAUGUUCGUCCAGAUCGAAUGGACGAGAAUGAGACAAAAAAGGACUCCUGCACUGGUGACAAAAAGAAACAAUCUACAUUUUCACCAAAAGCUUCAAAGUUACCUCCUGUUUGUCUGAGAGUUGAUCCACUACCAAGGAAGAAAAAGGGCAAUGGGAGUUCGAGGUCCCCGAGUCCACCUUCCUCAAAAGGACAUUCCCAAGUGACAUCUGGUGAAACAAUAAAGACUCCUGUGUGUGGCACAAAUGACCAGGCUCAGCCAAAAUUGAAUAAUCAGAAUGCUCCAAACACCAGUGAGGAAGUUAAACCGAAGGAGAAGACCAUUCAGGUGUCUGAAUAUAAAACUAAUGAAAACAAGGGUGUUGACAGGAGGGAUGGAUGCCAUGGCAAGAUAAAUGUAAACAUAACCAGUGAACAUCCGAAAGGGACAAGGGAAACCUGCACAGACGGGGAUGCAUACAAGGCUACAGAUAAAAAGGCAGGGCAAGGAGCAGAAAAUAUGUUGGAGGAAAAUACUAAACUUAGGGAAGUGAAGGAUUCUAGCGCACUCUCUGAUGUUCGUAGUAAAGAGGGAAGGGUCUUGUCAGAUGCAGAUGCUGCUAUUUUAAUACAAGCUGCAUAUCGCGGCUAUCAAGUUAGAAAAUGGGAACCAUUGAAGAAAUUAAAGCAGAUAGAUGAAGUCAGAAAGGAGGUGAUUAAUGUUCAAGACUGUGUUCAAGCUUUUGAGAGAUCAUCUGGUCUUCAAAAUGAUGACAAGCAAAAAAUUGCAAUUGGAGAGACCAUAAUGAGACUCCUGCUGAAGUUGGAUACUUUACAGGGUUUGCAUCCAAGUUUCAGGGAGAUCAGAAAAUCCUUGGCUAGAGAGCUCAUAAUCUUGCAAGAAAGGCUUGAUUCUUUAGCUGCUAAUAAACCUCAGCAGCAGAUGCAGGAUUUCCAUGUUCAGAAAGAUGUUGACGUGACUCCAACUACCAUGCAGAAUGAAGAACAUGUGCAAAGGGAGGAAGAAGAAAAAGUUUCUAUACCAGGAGAUUCAUCUGAAGGCAUUAGUGAUGAUGGAAAAGUAUCUCAGUCACCAGUUGAUCCUGUACCGAAUGAGGGAGCAGAGUCUGUUGUGCUUCCAAAUGGUUCGGGUAGUGAGGAUACUAGCCAAGUCGGAACAGCUGAUACAUUGAAUUCUACAAGUGAUCUGCCUGAGACUGACAAUAUGGCUGGGUUCACUACCCAAGUCGUUACAGCUGAUACAUUGAAUUCUACAAGUGAUCUGUCUGAGACUGACAAAAUGGCUGUGGAACCCAAAGCCAAAUCAGAAGUGAACGACAGUCCCGUAGAAGUUAAUGAAUUGGAUAUAACUGUUGGGGAAGAAUUACCGGUGGGAGUUAUUGAUGAAGAUAUCAAUAGUAUCGAGAUGGAAGAACACGAUAAUGUUGGUUCUGGAAGUCUACCACCAGCCAUGGUGAAUGAUUCUGCACUAGAUAGAUUAGAUUCAGAGAACCAUGCAGUGAUGGAACUUCCAGUGGGAUUACUUGAUGAGGAUGAAAGAAAGAAUGAAAUGAAUCUUUCUAAAGGAGAAAGACAAACUGAAAAUGAGAUAUUCUUUGAGGAGCUGCCAGUGGGACUACUUGAUGAGAAUCCAGAAAAAUCUGAAGUUGAAGCUAACCGUAAAACAUAUGCAGUGGUUCCACCAGCUCAAGAAGAACGAUGUAAUGCAGAUGAGAAAACAACUUCCACAGAUGACCCUUCAAAAGAAACUCAGCUUGAGCAACAGCAGCAGCAGAUGGAAAAUCAAGAUGAGGUGCAGUCUUCUGGGGAAUCAGAUGGAUGGGUAAAGGUUGAGUUCAACAAAGAAGAUGAACUCAAAGGGGAUUUACCAGUGGAUAUAGGGAUUGAGACUCAGUCAGGUGAAUUUGGAAUUGGUACUGAGUUGCCACCUUUGACAACACAAGUCAAUGAUCAUGAAGCAGGAAGUAAAGAUGUGUGUUUGGAGGCAAAUGAUGUAAACAUCUCACCCCAGCCAAAAGAGUUCGUACCAGUUAAUGACACACAGAAGGAAGAGGAACCAGAAGGAAAGAUCGCACUGAAGGAGAUACAAGAUGAUCAAGAGAUAGUUGCUGAAAUUUUGGCUCAUGAGAAAACAGAACCAUCUGUAGCAUCACCUGCAUUACCAGAGCUUGAGAUACCUGCAGCUGAACAUGAUGGACGUCUAAAGAGUGACUCAAAGUUAGUGGAGGAAAAUGAGAAGCUAAGGAAGAUGAUGGAGAAGUUGCUUGAAGCUGGGAAUGCGCAGUUAAGUGUAAUAUCAGAUUUAACUGGCAGAGUGAAGGACUUGGAGAAGAGAUUAGCCAGGACCAAGGCCAGGAGCAAGAGAGUGAAGACAAAACGGCAUAGACCAGCAACUUCCAACUUUCUUGCAUAA